AUGGAUAUUACAGAUAGUCUUUUGAUUGAUUAUCACGAAAUUUGUGAUCAACUUCUACAAGGUACCAUAACAUACUCUUCAUUGUUAGAAAACACUCCCUGGGAAGAAUUUGCUUCUAUUUUCAUCGCAACUCGACUUAUGGCUCUAAGAUUCCGAUGUCAAAUUAUGGAUUCAAUUUUAACUGUCUCCGUUUCUACUAGUGCGAAAAAUUUAAUAUCGCUAGAACCAAUGACCGUACAAACUUUCAAUACAUUGGUUGAAAUGUCAAUAACUGAAAUUCAUCAACAUAAUUUAAUCAUCGCCAACCAUGUAAUCGAUUGGAUUUCAGAUAUGCUUCAAGCUAAUCAAUUUCAAAAUCAGUAUAUGACAAGUUGGAAAACAGAGUUUUCGAGUUUAGAGGAAAACUACAUUCUUCGUAUGCAACCGGUUUCAUUCAUGAAUAAUAGUUGUUUUUGCGGAAGUGGCAAGUCGAAUUGUACAAAGACGCCUGUCUUUUAUGAUGAUACUGGUGAAUCAACAAUAUUACCUGGUAAGUACCCGAAUUAG